UGCGUAAACAGUCGUCACGAGACAGCCGCGCGCAACUCCUGCGCUAGACCAUCAAACGGAUAAUAACCCACUUUAUGAACCCGUCAUCUCUUAUUUAAAUUAAAACCGAGUGCUUUUUGCUUAGACAGAAUACCAUGGGGGAUAAGUUCGAGCUGCUGAAGACACCUGUCAACAGGAGAGCUGCGAUUAAGAAAAGCAAGAAUGAGAAACUGCGUUUGCGCGUGAUCUUCUUGGACGAUAGCGAGAGAGUUUUCGAGGUGGAGAGAGACAUUCUCGGUUCGGAUUUCUUCAAUAAGGUGUGUGGUCAUUUAAAACUGCUGGAGAAGGAGUAUUUUGGCCUGGAGUUUCGUCACCAUACUGGAAGUUAUGUUUGGCUCGAACUCCUGAAACCUGUGGCUAGACAGCUCAAGAAUACCAGUGAUGUGGCAUUUCAUUUCAUUGUGAAGUUUUUCCCUCCUGACCCAGGACAACUGCAGAGAAGCUUGACCAGGUAUCUGUUUGCCCUUCAGAUCAAACAGGAUCUGUCGAAUGGCAGCCUAACCUGUAAUGACAACAGCGCCGCCCUGCUGGUCUCUUAUAUACUGCAAGCAGAACUCGGGGAUUAUGACGAGGAAUUAGAUGCUCAUCAUCUUGAAAGCAAGCAGUAUGUGCCAAACCAGGAGUAUCUGGACCACAAAAUCCUCCGCUUUCAUAAAAAACACAGAGGUCACACUCCUGCUGAAUCAGACGUGCACUUGCUGGAGGUCGCUCGUAAAAUGGACAUGUACGGGAUCCGCCCACACGCUGCUCAUGAUGGAGAAGGCAUAAGAAUCAACCUCGCCGUCACACAUAUGGGAGUGCUUGUCUUUCAGGGCAAUACAAAGAUCAAUACCUUCAGCUGGGCCAAGAUCCGUAAGCUGAGCUUCAAGAGGAAACAUUUCCUUAUCAAACUCCACACUGAGACUGGGCUUUCAAGAAGGGACACUGUUGAGUUCUCCAUGGCCAGCCGAGAUGUUAAUAAGGCGUUCUGGAAGUUGUGCGUGGAGUACCACGCUUUCUUUAGACUCGCUGAGGAACCCAAGUCACAUCCCAAGUCCAUUCUCUCCAGCAAAGGAUCCAGUUUCAGAUACAGCGGGAGGACGCAGAAGCAGCUUAUGGAGUGUGUGGGCUCUGGAGAGAAGAAACAUUUGCCUUUUCAAAGAACUCAUUGUAAAUCUGAAUAUGACGCCCGUCAUUGCAGAUCCUCUCCUGACAUCCUUACCGACGUCUCCAAGCAGCUGUACGAGCAGUCCCAUCUACCUCCUGACUCAACCUUUGCCGAGCAACCCAGCGAACCAACCUGCGUAGCAAAGCGUAGCCAAUCUGCUGUGGAAGUUAUGUUCGCUAAUGAGCUAGAGCGAUCCAGGCCCUUGUCAAGAAACCCUGCCUUCUCAAGCAAUUCUGCCUCGCCUAAACUUCGCUCCAUGUCCACGUCAGGAGCGGAGCAUCGCGGCGGAGGGGCUCAAAGACAGAAAGCAAAGAGACGAUUGUCUCCCAGUGCUCAGCAUCUUGUUCUCCUCUAUCCUAACACGCCCCAUCUGCAAUUCCACCCAGUGCUACCCACCUUCCCCCUCGCCGCUCACCCGUACCUACUCCAAGACCACACGUCCUCGUCGCUAGACCGCCUCUCUCAAACCCAUCACCACUCGGUGCCUCUGCAAUACUUGCCUGGACAAAUCGGCCACUCCUCCUUACCCUCAUCUUGCUUAUCACCGCAAUUACUGAAGCAUCAGGAAAGGCUCCGCCUCGCCGGUCAGGGAUUUACUGAAUCCAGAUUGUACCCCGGAGGAGGGGUAGGGUUAAGGGCAGGGAUGAACAGAAAACUGGAAUUGGGUAGAGUGGAGGUGGGCCAUUACAGCGACGACUCCACCUUUCACACCGGCUUGCCACGUCGAGCUUCCAGCCAACCAGACGUCAAAUUUCAGAGACCCACACUCGCCUCAAACGCCGCCGCCUACGCGUCCGAAUAUCGCCCGCUGGGUUAUUAUCCACAUUUAUCACGACACCACGUUCCCACCAGACCCACCUAUCUUCCUCUAAGCCCCGCCCCUUUCCCGGAAAGACCGACUUCUUUGUGCGUACUCGGCACGAGCAGUUACAGUGAUUCAGAUUCUGACACUUUCUACCCAUACUUCCCAGCACUGGGCAAAGUGGUACGUUCUGGUCCGCUGGCACGCAUGCGCAUUUCUUCUGGAAGCCUUCAACUGGAUGAAGAGGAAGGAGAGGAUGAGGAAGAAGAAGAGGAAUGUCAGAAAGAACAGGAGAAUACAUCUCUCGCUACUGUCAAGAACAAAGAAACCUACUAUGGUAGUCAAUGGUGGCCAUGAACUGUUUGGUUACUGACAUUCUUCCAAACAUCUGUGCUCAUCAGAACAAAGAAAUUUGUACAGAUUUGGAACAACUUUAGGGUGAGUAAACAAAGACAGAAUUUUUAUUUUUGGGUGAAAUGUCCCUUUAAGAGCGAUUUUGUCUAGAUAAUGAAUGAUUAAAACAUUGAUAGCCAAUCUAAAUCUAUAACAUUUAAAAGGCUUACACAUUUAAAAUGAAACUACAGCAUGCAAGUUUAGAAUCAACAUGUUAUCGGCAGAUCGAUAUCGUUAUAGUUUUAUUGAUAUCUUUAUAAAUCUUAGGGGCCAUUCACAUUACACGUAUUAAAUAGGAGCGUCGCACUUUUUUAUAGGCACGUCGGCGCCGCAUCGAGAUGGAAAUAUUUAAACUUUUCAGAGUGUUGCGCUCGCACUACGGGUCAUGUGACAAUGAAUCAACCAUCAUAUUCACGUUUUCCAGAGCAGAGAAACGUUUAACGAAGAGGAACAGAUGAGCACAGCUUUAUUUUAUAUAACUCAUUACUCCAUGACUUAUUUUUAAAACCAAAGCACACCCACACAUCAGCUCUGAGAGCUCGAAGCGUUCUUAUAUUUUUCGCCAUGCGCUCGCUUCCACUUACUUUUGAUCGUAUGUAUAUGACAUGAUUUAAAAAAAAAAGAUAAAUAGUAGAUGUAUCACUAUCGAUACACUAUCGGAAAAACAUAUAUUGCGAUAGUUACAUGUAUCUAUAUUUUUGCACAGCCCACUAAAAAUCCAUUUACCCGUUGCCGGAACCUCGUCCUCAAGGCAAGCGCAGCUCAUGGUUGCUUAGCAACGGCAGAUGCCAGGAGAGCGCAAGUACCAUAGUGCUCUGGAAAAAAAAAAGAGAAAGCAGCACGUUUUCCGCAUGGUUUUAGACACGAAAUGUGAAUGGCCCCUUAGUGUGUCUUGGUGUUAAUAGGCCAUUUAGGUGUUUAUUUCUCACAACUCGGUUUAAAUAUGUGCCAAGUGAACAAUCAUUUUGUGGUAACUGAGUAAAUCGUAUUAUGUACAAUUAUGUAAUGAAUAGAAAUGUAAAGUUAACAACAAAUCUGUUACCUGACUGUUAGCUAACAAAGAAAAGCUAACAAUGAAAAAAGAUACAUAUGUGAUGAUAUGAUAGAACUGACUAUUCUUUCUUUGAUAUUUGUGCUACUGUAGUGAUAUGUAGACUGUAGUAAAGACAUUUUUGCAAGGAUGUGACUUUUGUCAAUAAAUUUUGUCAAUCAUCGAGAUGUACAGAGUAUCUUUAGCACUAC